AUGAGUAAAAAGGACACUUAUGGCAUGUUUGUGGAGAUGGAGAAGAUGGAUGGGGAAAUGGAUGUUAAGAUCAAGAAAAAGAAGAAGUUAAAGAAGAAGGAGAGACUGGAGCACAUGAAGCGUGAGAUGGACAUUGAUGAUCAUGAGAUCAGCAUAGAAGAGCUGGAGCUAAAGUACAGCACCAGCGUGACCAAGGGCCUGACCAGUGCUCUGGCCCAGCAGAUUCUGGAGCGGGACGGCUCAAAUGAGCUGAAGCCCCCGAAAGGAACCCCUGAAUAUGUGAAGUUUGCGCGGCAGCUGGCGGGGGGUCUGCAGUGCCUGAUGUGGGUCGCUGCCGUCAUCUGUUUCAUCGCCUUCGGCAUUGAGUGCGCCAAGGGAGACCUGUCCAGCGACGACAACCUGUACCUGGCUAUCACUCUCAUCGCUGUGGUCGUAGUGACUGGCUGUUUUGGGUAUUAUCAAGAGUUUAAGAGCACCAACAUUAUUGCAAGCUUCAAAAAUCUUGUACCACAGCAAGCCCUGGUUAUCAGAGACGGGCAGAAGAACCAGAUCAAUGCCAACAUGCUUGUGGUGGGAGACCUGGUGGAGAUUAAGGGAGGGGACCGUGUACCAGCAGAUAUCCGCAUCAUCACAGCACAGGGCUGCAAGGUGGAUAACUCCUCCCUGACUGGGGAGUCAGAGCCACAGACCAGGAGUCCAGAGUGCACCCAUGAGAACCCCCUGGAGACACGUAACAUUGCCUUCUUCUCCACAACCUGCCUGGAGGGAGUAGCUACAGGUGUGAUCAUCAACACAGGUGACCGCACCAUCAUUGGCCGCAUCGCCAGUCUGGCCUCAGGGGUGGGAAACGAGAAGACUCCGAUUGCCAUCGAAAUCGAGCACUUUGUGGACAUCAUCGCUGGGCUGGCCAUCUUCUUCGGUUUCACCUUUUUUGUGGUAGCCAUGUUCAUUGGCUACGCAUUCCUCGAGGCUAUGAUCUUCUUUAUGGCCAUUGUUGUGGCCUAUGUUCCAGAAGGCCUGCUAGCCACUGUUACUGUGUGUCUGUCUCUGACCGCCAAGCGUCUGGCCAGGAAGAACUGUGUGGUGAAGAACCUGGAGGCUGUGGAGACCCUGGGCUCCACCUCCGUCAUCUGCUCCGAUAAGACCGGCACACUGACCCAGAACCGCAUGACCGUGGCUCACCUGUGGUUCGACAACCAGAUCCACGCUGCCGACACCACUGAGGACCAAUCAGGUCAAAGUUUUGACCAGUCAUCUGAGACAUGGCGAGCACUGGCCAGAGUGGCAGGACUGUGUAACAGAGCCAUCUUCAAACCGAAUCAGGAGUCUGUGCCCAUCCCUAAGAGAAUAGUGGUAGGGGAUGCUUCCGAGACCGCCCUGCUCAAAUUUACAGAGCUGACCAUCGGAAACAUCAUGGACUUCAGAAGCCGAUUCUCUAAGGUCUGCGAGAUCCCCUUCAACUCCACCAACAAAUUCCAGCUAUCGGUGCAUGAGCUGGAAGACCCGCUUGACCUGCGUUACCUGCUGGUGAUGAAGGGGGCGCCAGAGAGGAUCCUGGAGCGGUGCUCCACCAUUCUGAUCAAAGGCCAGGAGCUGCCACUGGAUGAGCAGUGGAGGGAGGCCUUCCAGACGGCCUACAUGGAUCUCGGAGGGCUGGGAGAGAGAGUGCUGGGUUUCUGCCAUAUCUACCUGAAUGAAAAGGAGUUCCCUCGAGGGUAUCACUUUGACACGGAUGAGAUGAACUUCCCCACAUCUGGCCUGUGCUUUGCCGGGCUCAUCUCCAUGAUUGACCCGCCCCGCGCCACUGUACCUGAUGCAGUCAUGAAGUGCCGCACUGCUGGGAUCCGGGUUGUCAUGGUGACAGGGGACCACCCAAUCACAGCGAAGGCCAUUGCGGCGAACGUGGGCAUCAUCUCGGAGGGCAGUGAGACAGUGGAGGACAUCGCCAGCAGACUGCGCAUCCCUGUGGAGCAGGUCAACAAGAGAGAUGCACGUGCCUGUGUGAUCAAUGGCGGGCAGCUGAAGGACAUGACAAGCGACGAGCUGGACGAGGCCCUCAAGAAUCACCCAGAGAUGGUGUUCGCCCGCACCUCACCCCAGCAGAAGCUCAUCAUUGUGGAGAGCUGCCAGCGCCUGGGCUCCAUUGUGGCAGUGACAGGUGAUGGUGUGAACGACUCACCUGCCCUGAAGAAGGCUGACAUCGGUAUCGCCAUGGGGAUCGCUGGAUCAGAUGCAGCCAAGAACGCUGCCGACAUGAUCCUGCUAGACGACAACUUUGCAUCCAUCGUGACCGGGGUGGAGCAGGGCCGGCUGAUCUUUGACAACUUGAAGAAGUCCAUCGCCUACACCCUGACCAAGAACAUCCCUGAGCUCACUCCCUACCUCAUCUACAUCACUGUCAGUGUGCCCCUGCCCCUUGGCUGCAUCACCAUCCUCUUCAUAGAACUGGCCACUGACAUUUUCCCGUCUGUGUCUCUGGCGUAUGAGAAAGCAGAGAGUGACAUCAUGCACCUGAAGCCCAGAAACCCGCGGAGAGACAGAUUGGUGAAUGAAGCUCUGGCGGUAUACUCCUACUUCCAGAUCGGGGCGAUCCAGUCCUAUGCAGGCUUCACUGACUACUUCACAGCCAUGGCCCAGGAGGGCUGGUUCCCGCUGCUGUGUGUGGGGCUCCGGUCCCAGUGGGAGGACACUCACCUGCAGGACCUGCAGGACAGCUAUGGCCAGGAGUGGACGCACGGUCAGCGUAUGUACCAGGAGUAUACCUGCUACACUGUCUUCUUCGUCAGCAUUGAAAUCUGCCAGAUUGCUGACGUCUUGAUCAGGAAAACCCGCCGACUGUCUGUGUUCCAGCAGGGCUUCUUCAGGAACAAGGUGCUGGUGACAGCCAUUGUGUUCCAGCUGUGUUUGGGCAACCUGCUGUGCUACUGCCCAGGCAUGCCCAACAUCUUCAACUUCAUGCCCAUCCGAGUGCAGUGGUGGUUUGUUCCUUUGCCCUAUGGAAUUCUAAUCUUCGUCUAUGAUGAGAUCAGAAAGCUGGGAGUUCGGAGAUAUCCUGGGAGCUGGUGGGAUCAGGAGCUGUAUUACUGA